AGUUUUCGUAAGAGUCUCGCUAAAUUCAAGCUCUUCACAAUUCGCACAAUUCAGAAUUUGUGAUCUUUGGAUCUCCUUUUCUUGUGUCAAUUUUUUUUUUCACACACAUAAUUUUGUGCACAAUCAUAAUAUCCUAUCUUUUUGCCACCUGUACACCAAUAAUUAUUUUUGUUCGCAUUUUCAUUAAAUUUUUAUUUUUAAUUUUUGGGGUUUUUGGGUAGUAUUUAUAGCAUUCAAAGAUUUAUUUUUAGUCAGAAGAAAAAUAAUUAAAAGGGUUUGUUUUUAGUUGGAGUAAAAGUUAGUUAAAGUGGUUGUUGGAAGUCUUUGUUCUCCUUAGAAAAAUUUAUGUACAAAAAAGUAAGAGAGAGUCCAAUUUUCUAAACUUUAUUUUAAUUUAAUUGGCGGCUUCCCUUAUAUAUAUAUAUAUAUUCAAAGUUCAAGGCUUUACUUCUUAUUUCUAUCCUCUGAAAAUUUUCCACAAAAUUAUUCUCUCAUUAAAUUCAAUUCCUCUGCCUCAUUAUUCAUAGUAUUUUAUUUUGGCUGGUGAAUUAUUUCUCCAAAGUUUAUAAAUAUACAACUUGUAUCAUAAACUUUGCAUGGUAUUAUCUCUCUUAGUUGUUGAGAAAAAUAAAAUGACUAAUUGUGAAGAAAUUUCCUUGGAUUCAAGACCUGCAUCAUAUGAAGAAAUCAAAGACAAAAAUGGUAUUACUCAAAUCAUUCUUCAAAAUCUACGAGGCGCUUCCGUUCGAAUAAGCUUGUAUGGUGGUCAAGUUCUUUCAUGGAAGAAUGAACAAGGAGAUGAAUUAUUGUUCAUGAGCAGCAAGGCUACGUUUAAGCCGCCAAAUGCAGUUAGAGGGGGAAUCCCCAUAUGUUUUCCUCAGUUUGGAAGCCGUGGCCUGUUAGAGCAACAUGGAUUCGCGAGGAAUAGAAUGUGGGUGAUCGACAAUCAGCCUCCUUCACCACGUACUAAUAAAUCGAAAGGCUGUGCCACGGUCAAUUUGUUGUUAAAACCUUCUGAUGAAGAUCUUAAAGUGUGGCCUAACAAAUUUGAGAUUCGAGUCAGGGUUACACUAUCCGAGGAUGGCAAUCUUAUAUUAAGAUCGCGUGUUAAGAAUGCAAAUGGAAAGCCCUUGAGUUUCAAUAUUGCAUUCCGUACAUAUUUUGCAAUCUCCGAUAUCAGUGAAGUUCGAGUGGAGGGGUUGGAAACUCUGGACUAUCUCGACUGUUUACAGGACAGGCAGCGAUUUACAGAACAAGGAGAUGCCUUAACAUUUGAAUCAGAGGUUGAUCGAAUUUAUCUGAGCUCAUCAGAUGUAGUCGCGCUUUUUGAUCAUGGAAGCAAAAGAACAUUUCAGAUAAGAAAGCAAGGGCUUCCUGAUGUUGCGGUGUGGAAUCCGUGGGAAAAGAAGGCAAAGGCAUUGGCAGAUCUAGGAGACGACGAAUAUAAGAAAAUGUUAUGUGUUGAUGGAUCCGCAAUUGAGAAGCCCCUCACCCUUAAGCCAGGAGAAGAAUGGAAUGGACAAUUGGAGUUCACAGUACUCUCUUCAUGCUAACAAAGGAAAAAACAAAGACUUUAGAUGAUGAUGAUCAAAUUUAGAAAAUAAUCAUAAAUGUUGCUUAUUUUUCAUGGCAACAUUUUGUUUAUAUAUUCUGACUGCUAAGUAUUAUCUGCAGGUUCAGCAAACCAUUUAGAAGAGAUAAAAAAAAAAUUUCCUUUUUUAUUUUGAGGGGGGGAAGAAGUUUUAUUUAUUUACAUUCUAUUUUUUGGUUUAUGCGAGCAUAUUUAAUUUGUUGAAGUUGGCAAAUUGUAAUUUAAUUACACUGUAUUUUGUAUAUCAUUUAUGCUCUUUGAUCCAAAAAAAAAAUAACUUCAUGGGUCAACGAGAUUGUAAAACUUGUAUUAUUGCUUCUA